UCCAAGUGUACCUACAAUACGUCAAGUCAAGGAUUAUUGCGGGCAGUGUUGUACCUUGAGCGGCAGAUAACGAUUGACCAUCGCACUCAGCUCCGUCUCCUCGGAAUCAUCGGUAAGGUUGCAGUCGUCAUAUCUAUAUAAAACACUUGUAUGAGGAGCGGUUACGUGUCGAGACUGCCGAGGUGGCGUUACUGCUGCCGGCGUAUCGAGCUUGUGUAUACGGCUGCUGUUCGGAGCAACAUUCGUCGUUCGUGAUUCAAGUAUCAAGCACACACACGACACACCAGAGAGAGAGGGAGGGAGAGGAGAGAGAGAGAGAGAGAAAAAUAAUUUUGUGGAACGGUGCACACAUCAGGGCGGUGUGGGGUACCAAAGCUGUGGUGGUCUACAUCCUCGUUAAGGAUAGCGUCAUUCAUUGGUUUUGAAUAGUCUUGGCGCAGUUUAUUUCAUGAGAGAAAAUCGCUCAAGCCUUUACAAGCUAUACUCAAAGAUUGACACUGAAACUUGGAUCUUCUGAGGAUUUUGUCACAGAGCCAUGAGGCGCAAGAGCGAGAGGAACAAGGCCAAGGGUUCUUCAGACACAAAAGUGGAAAAGCCAACGAGAAGGAUAACUCGCCGCAGGGGCAAAGCGUCGCCGUCGACUUCGCCAGAAAGAGAUAUUGCAGAGGACAACGUGUCAAGUACUCCAUACUCAGAGGACGACAAGGAUUCUAAUUCACAAUUUCAAGCUGAAGGAGAGAAUGAAAGUGAAAAUUUGGAAAAGGACGUUUCUUCAACUGGACUCAUCAAAACUGUACUAGGAGGAGACGAAGAGGAUAGCGGAUCUGUGUGGAAAGUUGCAAGGGCAGAUGCUUCACCUGGAGAAAUACAAAAGCUCAAGCUCUGUAGGCAGCGCAACACUUCAGAAGCGUCAGAUAGUUCUACAAGUAAGAGAAAGUCAAACAAGUGGCCAGACAGUGGCGAUGGAGGCUCGGAGGAGGCUGAAUCGGUCGAUGAGUUGGUUGCAUCUUCUCAGAUGCCAGCCAACGAACAGACCGAGGAUCCCUUCUCUUCGCACCCAGGUCAGGAUUUCAGCGAAGAGGUAAGUGAUUACAAGGAGAACCUGCCUGAAACCACUUCAGCCAACUUGUCUGACGAUAAAAAAAACAUAGAUCAGCAAGCAGAUUUCGAGGAGAACCCGCAAGAAACUACUUCCACAAACUUUGCUGAAGCAUCAAUCAAUGAGGCUAAGUCGUCUUCAAGUCCAGCAAAGGUACCUGUCAAUGAAGAUUCAAAUCAACCAACGUGCAGCGGGGAUAGUGUUGCAGAGCUUUCUUCAGAAAAUUUGCCCAUCAAUCAAACAAACGACUAUCAGGAAAACUCCAAUCAACCAUCUUGUUUUGAUCCGAACGCUUCUGUAGAACCUACUGAGUCAGUUGAGGCUAACUCCAGUGUAAACGACGAGUGUAUUAACACAAAUAACGAAAACACUAAUGAAGUAAUUCCUACAGAACAACAAAUACAAACUAAUCAGGAUACAAACGUGAAAGAUGAUGGAAAAGAGGAAUUACCUCCGAAAGAGGAUUCAACUCCAGAAAAUGUUUCUGUUAAUGAUGAAAUUAACUUAGAAAUUGUGGCUAGCAACAAUGAAACAAAUGACACUGAUUUUGCAGAAAAUCACAAAAAAUCAGUUAAUAACGAAGAAGAGGAAGAAGAAGAAGAAGGGGAGAUAAGAGAUGUAGUGGAAAAAGAGGAGCCUAGUUCUAACUCUAUUUCUACAAAAAAUUCGAAAGAAUCAUUAACAAACGUUCAUAAUAAAGAGUCUUCACAAGAAACACAUUCGUCACGUAGGAAACACAGCAAAUAUCAUGAAUCUUCUGAAUCAGGAGAUGAAAAAAGAACAACAAAGGCUAAAAGAAAAGAUGCUGAUUUACAAAAUGUAAAAAAUUCAAAAGAAGAAACAAAACGUGAACAUAGGAAAAGUCGAUCAUUUAAAUCGAAAGGAAAUUCUUUAUCUACAGUUUCAGAAAUGGACCUUUUAGACAAUACCAUUGAGAAAGAAGAUAUACUUGAAAUCAAUGAAAAAUCAGAUGACUUGAAUGUAACUUUAUCUUCAAAACCAACCAAAGUCAGUUUAAAGAGGUCAUUCUCCAAUCGGUUAUCGACAGAUACAGAAACCAAAAAAGAAGAAAGCACGGAUAAAAGUACCGUAAAUGAAUCAAAUCCAAAUAAGGAAAAUCAUGCUGAUAAUGAACAACCUGAUCAAAAGUGUCUAACAAAAAGACGACGUUGGGGUAGCACCGCAACUACAGAUGUUGCACCAGCAUUUUCAAUAUCUACAGAUUCUUUAAAAGCCAUAGUGCCAGGUGCAAAACCUGUACCUGCGAAUGAAGUAAAACUUACAAAGGAUGAAGAUGACGAAAAAGAACAGCGAAAACGUAGAAGCAAAAGUUCUGGAGGUAGUGAAUCAAAAAGCGGUGCAGCUUUAAAAAAUGAGGUAGUUAAAAAAAGUGAAGCUAAAACGGAUAAUCACACAGGAUCACGACGAAAAAUAACUCUUGUUAAAGAAACUCCAAGACCAAAGUCUCCUAGUCCACCAGAAGCCCAAGCAACAAAUAUUUUAUUAAUAAGAAACUUGGUUCGUCCAUUUACACUGAAUCAAAUCAAAGAACUUUUAGCUCGUACUGGCACGAUCGUGGAAAAUGGUUUUUGGAUGGACAGAAUCAAAUCUAAAUGUUUUGUUCAGUAUGCCAACGAGGAUCAAGCUUUUGAAACUAGACAAGCAUUGCAUGGUGUUUCUUGGCCCGUAUCAAAUCCGAAAAAGCUUAUCGUAGAAUACGCAACUAAAGAAGACAUGGAACGUGCUUGGGAAUCAUCUAAAGAACAGCCUGCUCCCAAAAAAGCAGAUAUUUUAGCUUCUGCUGAUUUAUGGCAACAGGAGAGCUGGGGACGUGAUGAGCGACCUAAUUUUAACAAGAUAACAGUAAUCCGUGAAUGGGACUUGGGUAAAGAAGACGGUCACUUGCAAGUGAAAGAGAAAGAACGAGAAAAAAAAGAACUUGAAAAGAAAAAAAGACAUCGAAGUAGAAGCCCAGUACUUGAAGUUCGUCUUCCAGCACCAGCCAGGAAAUUUAAGAAGAAAGAAGAGGAACCACCCACAGCGAAGUUGUUAGAUGAUCUCUUCAGGAAAACCAAGGCUACUCCAUGUAUAUAUUGGCUACCAUUGACCAAUGAACAGAUUGCGGUUAAAGAAGAAAUAAGGAGGCAACAUAUGGCUGAACAUGCACGUCGAUUAGAAGAAAUAAGACGAGCCGAACGAGGUCGGAGUCGAGGAGCCAUACGGCGUCGCCGUAGUCCAAGAAAAUAAAUCCUUUAGUAUUUUCCUCAUGAACCUAUCAAUUUUCCUUCUGAUUAAACUGAUCAACGAGUUUUCGGCACAUUCUUGUGAUCAAUGCAAAUAGUGUACAAUUUCAUAUUCGUAUCGCGAUUUAAAUGUUUUUCCACUUAAAUAUACAUAUUUUCUUUUAUUUUUUUUUUAUUUAAUAUAUAUAUAUAGUUAAAAAA